CGAGCUCAGUCCCCAGCUCUCUGCUCCUCACAGCUUGUCUAUGUGGAUUAGCGCCUGCCUUGUGCCAAUUCCCCUCAGGAUUGCGACAAGAGCAAACCAUUUCUUCACAAAGCUGUCAGUUGUGUGUCGGAAUACCCUCGGAACUUGUGUUAGAGUAGCAUUGAGAGUUUCCUUUUUUUCAUCGGUUUAAUCACACUCUUGCAAUGUAUGUAGGGCAAUGAUUAUUUAUACUGCAAGAAUUUUAGUUUAACUCAUUUGUUUAAUUCAUGUUUCAAACACUUUAUCUUUUCUGAAGGAUGAAAAUAUCUGGAGCUUGGCUCUUUGGAUUCAUUGGAUCUUGAUUCCCUCAUAUUCCAGCCUGGCAAUGAAUUCUGUGCUCUCUGCUGCAGUGAUAAUCCUCUUGGCUCAAGCAGCACAGGCUCUUCCCAACCUUUACCACAGAGGCUGGCUGCGGCUGCUACAGGAAGGAGAUGGCUGUGGGGUAUGCCAGCCUGACCUGUGUCCCGAGCCGCUGGGGUGCACGGCUGGGACAGUGCUGGACGCCUGCGACUGUUGCCCCGAGUGUGGCAAUGCUGAGGGGCAAAUCUGCGACCUCGACAACACCAACCACUUCUAUGGAAGGUGUGGAGAGGAUCUGGAGUGUCUGCUGGACACCAGCGCUGCCUUCCUCGGGGAGAUCCCAGAACCCCAGUGCACAUGCCAAUCCCAAGGAAGCGUGUGCGGAUCCAAUGGAAAGACCUACAACAAUAUCUGCAAGUUCAAAGAGGCAUUUUACAGCAACAGAGAAGGCAAUCUCAGCAUUACACACAGGGGGCCCUGUGAGACAGUUCCAUGGAUCACCACUCCACCUCGCGAUGUGUACAAUGUUACAGGCAACGAUAUUGUCUUUGGCUGUGAGGUGUCGGCAUAUCCCAUGGCUCUUGUGGAAUGGAGGAAGAAAGGAAAUGAUAACUUUCUGCCGGGGGAUGAUGCUCAUAUCUCUAUCCAGGCACGAGGUGGGCCAGAACGAUAUGGUAUCACAGGGUGGUUGCAGAUUCAGGGACUGAAGAAGUCUGAUGAGGGAAUCUAUACCUGUUACACAAGGAAUAAGUAUGGAGAAGCAUUCGCAUCUGCAAGUUUGAGUGUCUACGAUCCCGAUUCACCAUUAGCAGUGGAAAUGAGUAUGAAAGGCAAAGAUAGAAAAUAUAUCACAAAUGAAGAGGAAGAUGAAGAGGAUUAUGACGAUGAAGAUGAUGCUUAUGACAUCUCGGGUGACUACGAAUACUGAAAAACGUAAAUGAACCUUGCAGAGUGUACCACAGUUAUCCAAGUAUUAACUAUUUGAUAAUAAUGCGUGGCCUUUGAGUAACAUGUUGAGCUGUAUAUAGUUUAAACACUGUCAUUCAAAAGUACCUUUAGAUCAUUUUACUGUCUGCAAUUUUGUACAACACAUAUAAUUUUUAAAUGUUUCACUUAUAGUCCUUAGUGAUAUGCUGUACUUUACUUUCCUGCUGGACUGUACAUUGUGUAUUAGUAAACUUGCCUCUGCUUUUGUGAUGCCUAUGUAAAUCAACAGAUGAAAACCUUCACAAUUAAAAAAAAUUAAUUAA